AUGUACUAUCCAUCGCCCAUGUAUAAUCAAAACGCGACGAGCUGGCCGCAGACGUAUAGCCCGUGGGGCAGCCAAUAUCACCAGGGAUACCAAAGACCUACCGCACCAAUUCCUUUUCCGUCCUUAGACGUAGAGGGAACCGUCACCGCGGAAACAGCCGGAUACAUCCCACCAUACGUACCACCAAGAGCCCAGCUACCACCGCUCUACCAUGAGGCGGUGAUGAAGAGUUUUAACGACUUCCAAGAUAGGCUGAUUGGGAUCGCGAAGGAGAAGACAGUAGAAGCAGAUAAAACACCCGCUCAGAGAAGGCAACGAUCUGAACCGAUCCCAAGAGGACGAGAUAAAGACGCACAGAAAGAUAAGGAAACGGCUCCCCGGCGUGUUCUCACUGCACCACUCCCAGGAGACGCAGGGAAGGAGAAGGGAGAUGACGCCGCACAGCAAGGCGAAAAAGCAAGAGACGAAGAAGUCGCGAAGAAGCAGAGAGAAUACGUAGACCUAGAGAAGGAUGAAGGAGGAAGCAGACGGAAGGAACGAGACGCAGAGAGCCACUCUUCAAACAGAAGAAGAGCCACAGGAGAAAGGAACACUCUGGAUGAGAAGAUUAAGCAUGCGAUGAGAAAAUACCAGAAAGAUAGCUACGAAGACGAUGAAGGAGGGGACAAUUUUUCACCACUGAAGAAGGAGGUAUUGGACGUGAAAUUCUCUUCUCGUUUCAAAUUACCAACAUCCGAUGCUGUGCAAGUAUUCCCUGCAACACUCAAGGGAUCGGCGCAGAAGUGGUACCUCGGACUGAAGUCCAAUACCAUCGGGACGUUUGCGGAACUGGCGACAGCAUUCAAAGCGCGUUUUCGCACAAACAUCCCUCUGCAGAAGAACUCAAGUGAUCUGCGAAAGUGCCGACAAGGUGAAAGCGAGACGUUGAAGAACUUCGUGGACAGAUUCAAUAAAGAAGCUGUCCAGAUAGAGCACCUAAACCAUGAUACAGCCAUAGAAGCUAUGAAGAUGGGAACAAGGUUUGAACGACUGAGGGACAAGAUCCUAAUGAAAAAGCCUUCCACUUUCCAGGAGUUAAUGGCAAUAGCGCAUAAGUACGUAGAGCUGGAUGAAGCAAGAAGAACGCUGACAAAACAAUAUGAGGAAGACAAACCAGAGAAAUACCGCAGUAGAGGAGGAGAUGAUAGAACGCAGAGAUUCAGAAGAGGAAAUAAGCCGUUUGACUUUACGCCUUUGAACAGAGCACCUGUAGAAAUAUUCAGCUGGAUGAAGAACAAUAGAGUCAUGUACAACGCACCCAGAAAGCUGCACCCAGACAAAGAGAGAGACAAGAGCAAGUAUUGUAGAUUCCAUGAAGGAUAUGGCCAUGACACAGAUAGAUGCUGGGACCUGAAACGGGAGAUAGAACAACUGAUCCAGUCGGGAGUACUAAAGAAGUUCGUACGCACGGAAGGAAAUGCAGAAAAAAGAAAACCCGAGCAUGUGGAAAAAGAAGAGGCGAAUAAAAGAUUCAAAGAACCCAUGGGUGUUAUCAACAUGAUAGAAGGGGGAGAACCUUAUUCAAAGUCACAGAAGAAGAAGAUUCGCAAGGGCGUAUACUCGAUAAGUACCAGAAUACCCGCAGAAGAGCUACCACUAGUUACUUUCGGACCAGAAGAUGGGAGGCAUGUGCAGGAACCGUACAACGACGCGCUAGUAAUCAAAGCAUUGAUUAACAAUUUUAGAGUGAUGAGGAUCCUAGUGGACGAAGGAAGUGCAGUUAAUCUCCUAACCUUGCAAGUUUUUAGGGGGAUAAGGGGAUCGGUAACAGAUCUCAGGCAGGUUUCCGUUCCUUUGGUAGGCUUAGGAGGAAAGCCUAUCAGGCCAGAGGGAAUGGUAGAACUAGAGAUAAUUUUGGGAGAAGCAGAAGAAGGGCCACUGAAGACCAUGACAGCAGAUUUCAACGUAGUGGAUAUCCCUUUGGCGUACAAUGCCAUCUUGGGAAGGCCUUUCCUAUACCAGUGUGGUGCAGUGACCAGCAUCAGAUGGCUGACACUUAAGAUUCCUGACGAAGAAGGGAUAGUAACCGUGAAAGGGAGCCAGCUAGCCGCAUGA